UCUGGCUUUGAAACAAACACCCGCAUGCAAAGCCCCGCCCCAAGCCGGAGGACCCCUCACUGCCUUAUGAUUGGCCGCGGCUAAAUCCGCCUUCCUUUUCUCGCUCGCUGGCAGGGAAGCCGCUGUCAAGAUGAAUGACACAGUGACUAUCAGAACCCGGAAGUUCAUGACAAACAGGCUUCUUCAGCGUAAGCAGAUGGUGAUUGAUGUUCUUCAUCCUGGGAAGGCCACAGUCCCCAAAACAGAAAUCAGGGAAAAGCUGGCAAAAAUGUACAAGACAACCCCUGAUGUAAUUUUCGUCUUUGGCUUCAGAACUCACUUUGGUGGUGGCAAGACAACUGGCUUUGGCAUGAUCUAUGAUUCCCUGGACUACGCAAAGAAAAAUGAACCAAAGCACAGGCUUGCCAGGCAUGGCUUGUAUGAAAAGAAGAAGACUUCCAGGAAGCAGCGAAAGGAGCGUAAGAACAGAAUGAAGAAAGUGAGGGGCACAGCCAAGGCAAAUGUUGGUGCUGGCAAGAAGUAAAUGAACAUCCUUCAGAUGGAAAAUGGAUAACAGACUCCAUUAUCCUAUGAAGAACUACUCUGGAAAGAAUAAGUUCAUCUGACUUUAACAUCAAAUAAACUGUCAAUAUAAUGCUGGUUUGCCCUUUAAUUUUUAUUUGAAAGUGACUGUUUUAUAAAGGCUGAGAAAUUCAAGAUUGGUGCACUGCUGGCACUAUAUUAAAAUCUUUUCAUAAUUAAA